UAGAAGAUUAAAAAUCUUUUCUUCAAACUAAAUUAAUUAAAAUUGUUGAAUAUUCAAAUUUGUUAAUUACCUGUAUCAUCUGAUAAAUUCUUUUUUGACUGAAAUAAGCAUCAAGAAAAGCAUCCAAAAAUGAUUCCAAAAGCUAUUCCAAUGGAAAUACGACAUAUCGUAUUUUUAUUAAUAUUUUUCAUAUUAUAUGUUAUAUUUGGUGGUAUUAUAUUUAUGUUAUUAGAAUGGCCCGAUGAACAAAUAAAACGUAAAGAAAUUGAUCUAUUAUUAAAAGAUUUUACUGAACAUAUCAGACAUUUACAAUAUCAUAAUAAUACAGCAAAUAAUAAUCAAAAUAAUAAUCAAAAUUAUUUUACUGAACAAAAAUUUCGUAAAAUUUUACAUGAAUUAUUAAUUGCACAGGAUCAUAAUCUAAUCGAUAGUUAUGGUAAUCAACAAUCAUAUGUUAAUUGGGGUUUUAUCAAUUCAUUUUUCUUUGCAAUCACUGUGAUCACAACAAUUGGUUAUGGACAUUUAACACCACGAACAAUAAUGGGUAAAAUUUUCUGUAUUAUUUAUGCAUUAUUUGGUAUACCGAUUACAAGUUUAUUGAUCGGUAGUGUUGCCGAUCGUUUUAGUAAAUUAUAUUCAUCACCAAAAAAAUUACCAAGAGGAUUAAAACGAGCAACAUAUCAACGACAAUUAUCGGCACGUUUUUUAAUGUUACGACGUGGCCUAAUAUCAUUGGUACCAUGGUUUUUUACAUUUCUUGUCGUACCGGCUUGGAUUUUUCGUUACAUUGAAGGAUGGUCAUUUUUAGAUGGUUUUUAUUAUUGUUUUGUUACAUUAUCAACAAUUGGUUUUGGUGAUUUUGUUGCCGGUAGUUUUGAAAAAAAUUAUAUUUGGAUUUAUAAAAUUUUAAUCGUAUUUUGGAUUAUAUUCGGUUUGGCAUAUUUAUCAAUGAUAUUGAAUUUUAUAACAAAUUCAUUACGUAGUCGUCGUAUAUCGAAUGUAAUGAAUUCAUUACGUGUUAAAAUUAAUAAUUCAAAUAAUAGUAAUAGUAUUGCGUCACGUUUACGUCGUCAUAAUAAUAAUAAUAAUACAAAUAAUAUUGAACAUCAUCAUCAUUUUCAUCAUUAUCAUCAACCAUUAACCAAUCCAUCGACAACAACAAUGAUGACAAUUUAUAAUGAUCAAAAAUUUAUAAAUAAUAAUUUUAUAAUUAAUAAUAAUAAAACUAUAAUGAGACAAACAACAAGUCUACCCGAAUUAUCUGAAUGUAUUGUACGAACACAACAGAUUGCAACCAUAACAAUUGUGUGA